AUGGCAAGUGAGGCGUCUUCUUCCACUAAUACAAAUCAAUCGAAAAUUUCAUCGUCAACGCCAAUAACGAAAAGUACUACUUCGCCUCAUGCUGCCAGUAAUAGUAGAAUAACCAAGAUGAACGAAACGAAUUGUGUGUUGGUCGGAUGCUGUGUUGAUCUCAUCAGUAAUAUUGAAGAUGAAAAAGUAUUCUUGAUUGUAACUGACUCACUUGGAAGACAUCGAAUAUCCGAUAUUGAAAUUCAUACUUGGACACAAUUAAAUUCGAUUUAUGUUCUCAAUGAUAGGCCAAUAACUUAUGAGCAGUGGGCUCGCGUAACAUCGAAGGUCAAAGGUGUAUACACACAAGUCGACUCGAUUUGUGAAACACUAAAAGUUCACCUUGGGCAAUUUGAUCAAGUCGCGAUAUCAAUGAGUUUUAAUGGCUUUGAUCCAUUAUUUAUGUAUACACAAUUAUUCACAGAAGCACUUUUAGAAAUAGAAGAUGACGAUGAUAAAUCAAUCAAGGAACUCACCGAGUGUUGUCGCCGUCAAGGUGAUAUUCACAAAGACGACAUCAACAAAGUUGAACGCGAAUACCAUCAACAUAGACCCAUUUGGUGGUAUACUACUCCAUACUUACAGAGUCAAUAG